AUGGAAGUGCAAAAUUACCGUUCUGACCCGGACGUUAGGGAUAGAAACGAUAGGAGCAUUUUUUGGCUGCGAGUAACAUCUACUUCGCUCGGAAUUUGGCCAGAAUGUCAUGGGAAUGAGAAAAGUGUUUGGUGGAAGCGACUGUACUUCUUUAUGACCUUUAUGCACUGGUUCAAUACAUACUUACAAAUAGUGUUUUUCUGUCAUCAUUUCGGGGAGCUGAAAGAAAUUACAGAGGGUCUUUGCUCUCUGGCCAGCAUUAGUACAACAGGAAUUAAGAUUAUGCGAUUAUAUGACUACAGGGAUGAAAUUUAUGACAUGCUGCAGUUAAUGAAGAACCAUGAGUAUAUGAAGAAGGUGAAUUUCCUGAAAAAAGGAAACAACAACAAAAUAUUUGAAAAAAUAGAUCAGAUUAUGAAGAACAAAUGGAAUGAAGUCAAUCUUAACCUACGUUUCUAUUCUUUCUCCGUCGGGAUCGUGGCGUCUUCGUAUUCGAUUGUACCACUUGCCAUUAACUUGUUGAAUUAUUUUCGAGGGAAUAACGUCCCAAGAAGAUUUGUUUACAAAACGUAUUAUCCAUUUUUGGAAAACGCGAAAUAUUACAGUCCACUGUAUGAAGUACUGUUUUGCUCGGAAUCACUUUCUGGGUACACAACCUGGGCUGGCGUUAUUGCAUUCGAUGGUCUGUAUGUGCUGUUGACGAUGCAUGUCGUCACAAUGUUUAGCUCGCUGAAUCUUCUCAUUAGAGAAACCACCAACGGGAAUUUCAGCGAGGAUGAAAAACAUUUCUUCUUACGGGAGUGUAUAAAGCAUCACACCAGAGCUAUGGACUUCUUGGACAAGAUCAACAAAAUUUUCUCUCCGAUUCUAAUCGUCCAAGUAUUCACAAGUACUUCAAUCAUAUGUGUGAUUGCUUUCCACACCAGCACCAAUGCGAGUGAGCGUGAUUCGCAAAUCUUGGUGAUGAUACUGUACUUGAUCGCUGCGUUUUAUCAACUGUUCCAGUUCUGUUGGUACGGACAAAGAGUCCAGAAUGAGAGCGUACAGUUACCAAACUCAGUGUACGAGUGUGAUUGGUACAGCUCCUCUAGGAAAUUUAAAUCCACGUUGCAUAUUUUGCUCCUUGACGUACAAAGAACGGUGGAUAUUAGUGCAUACAAUUUGUUCGUUAUGUCGCUGGAGACGUAUCUGAUGAUAGUGCGAACCUCGGCUUCAUAUUUCACUGCACUACAAACAUUGACCGAAGAAUAAAACAAAUUUUAGCAGUUGGGAUACGAUUAGCAGUAAUAUGCACUAACACUAUUGUUUUGUUCACAGAUAAAGAGAUAAUAUUAUUCAAACUAACAAGCAAUUGAUUUCACAGAAUUGGUUCCCCAAUUUUCCUAUUAGCAGAGUGAAAUGUAUGCAAAUGUAUGCUGAAAUGUUAAACUACGAGGGGUGGCUGAUAAAUAAGACUACGUCUUUCAUUUCUAUACCGGGGUGUAAAAUCAAAGUUUCUGAAACGAAUGCGUUACGCCGGAGACCAAGAUUUUGAGCGUUAAUAGCUCCUAAACAACUG